UUCCAUUCAUUGAUUGAUUCAAUCAUUCAUCCGGAGCGAGUUGUGAGGAGAAUGAAGAGAGAGGGUCGCCAACACGGUCUGGUCCGAACCUGCCCCGUCAUCGUCCUCCCCCCCUCCGAUUCCCUUUUGAACCACCCAAGGCCGCCGCCGCGCCCUAAACACAUUUACUCCUCCUGCACCGCCGGCCCCUUCGCCAGGGUCUCCUCCAAGCCUACCAACCACUCCAAGUUCACAGGAAAGUGCGGCCGUGCCCAAUGUCCCGACUGUCAAAAGGUCGGAUCUGCCGCCGGCAAAGCAAAAGGCAAUAAGAAGGCGGCGGCCGCCAAGGGGACGCUGAAACAGAGGACCGCAGAUGCUGCUGCUGACAAUAAAUCGAUCGCGUGGCGGGUGGAUGCUGCUCCUAGUAAUAAUUACAGGUCCCGUCACGACGACGUUCCUGGUCUCUCGGCCACCGGAAUAUUGGGCUAUCUGGCUGGCCUCGACUACACCGACGAUCUUGAUGAUGAAGAAUAACUAACUCGUUGAAUUGGGGCCGUGAA